AUGGCUAAUCGCCGGGCUAUUGAAAGCGUUGAUACAACGCUUAGAGAUAUUAUAGACACAGACCAAAUUUUUGGACGAAAAGUGGUUGUUUUUGGAGGUGAUUUUCGACAGACAUUGCCAGUUAUUAGAUAUGGGAAGAAAGAAGAUUUCUUUGAAGCGAGUUUGGUUAAAUCACCAUCAAUCUGGCCAAACAUCCAACGAUUAAAAUUGGUCCAAAAUGUUCGUGCAAAUGAGGAUCCAGCAUUUUGUGAGUACUUGAUGAAGAUUGGCAAUGGAACUGAACAAUUCAUUGGUCAAAACAAGAUUAAGAUUCCAUCCUCAUUCAUUAUUCCAUGUUCGGAUGAGGAUAUAUCUCUUGAUGCUUUAUUUCAAUCUGUAUAUCCUGACUUAACAUGUUUUGGGAAUGAUCCUUAUUCGUUAAUGAACACAGCCAUCUUAACAACUAAGAAUGAGUUUGCAGAUGAAAUUAAUUCUAUCUUAAUAGAUAGAUUCCCAGGAAAAAUUGGUGAAUACAAAGGAAAACAUGUCUUCAUUCCAAGAAUCCCUUCCCUGUUGAGCCAUCAAAGGAUGAAAAUUGUCUGA